ACCUCUCGUCAUACGAUCAACAUAAAAAAAAAAAUUACUCCUUUGUUUUGGUGUGUGAGUCUCAUCACCCACGUAGAUCAAUUUAUGCCAUUUAUUUAUUUAUAAGUAUUUCGGUAUUUCCGAAUUUAGAGGUAUUUAUAUUUUAUACUAGAGAAUAAAAAUGUCGAGUAGCUCCAGUCCACAAUAAAUUAGACAGAACGCGAAAAAGAAAGCAAAAACUGAGUGGAAGCCAUGGGAGUCUCAAUCCCCAUUUUAGCCACAGUCAUUUCUCUUCACCUCAUCGCCCUCGUCUUCGCCAUCGGCGCCGAAAGCCGCCGGAGCACUGCUAAGGUGGAGCCUGAUAAGUACGAUGAGAGAACUUACUGCGUUUACACUACGGACGCGUCGACGGUGUACGGGAUGUCGGCUUUCGCGCUGCUGCUGGUUAGUCAAGUGGUGGUUAACGGCGUCACCAGAUGUCUCUGCUUUGGCAAGGGCCUUCUUACCGGGACCUCCUCCGCCACCUGCGCCGUCUUCCUCUUUGUCGUUUCCUGGGUGUGCUUUUUGGGAGCUGAGGCAUGCUUAUUGGCAGGAUCAGCAAAGAAUGCAUACCACACCAAGUACCGAGGAAUAUUUCAUGGAGAACAUUUAUCAUGUGCCACCCUCCGUAAGGGUGUCUUUGCUGCUGGAGCAGCUCUAACGUUGUUGUCGCUUUUCACAUCAAUCUCUUACUAUUGGGUACACUGCAGGGCUGAUACUGGUGGAUGGGAGAAGCAUCGCGAUGAAGGCCUUGGCAUGGCCACUUCUAGUUUCCCACAGCAUCAGCAACAGCAGCCUAAUGAAUUUGAGAAAGUCUAGUUGUGACUUGUGGUUUUAUUUGCUUGAUUUCCAGGGUUUUGGUAACUUGUGUUCAGACUCUAUAGAUAUCAACAACAGCUGAAAAACUUGAUGGUGCUGAAUGCCAAUGAACUAUGUACGUAUCUAUGUUAUGUGGUUUGCAUAUGAAAGAUGAAAUCUAUAGUAUUAAUCCAUAAUUGCUGCUUACUUUAGCCUUUAGGACCUUGCUUUUACUGACCAACUGGAUCUACUCUGCUUAUUCAUGCUUACUAAGUUGGAAGAAUUGCAGAUUUGGUCAGUUCCCUGGCAGUGUUACCAACUCCAAUUGAUGACAACAAUAGCAAAGAGAGUUUUAAAAUGAUUUUGUUUUUCCUUUUUUUCUUUUAGUACCAUUAUGAUAAUUAAGAAUUUAUUCUUUU